GUUUGGCCGAAAAGUAUGCCUCUCGGCCACCACCCUCAUCAGCGCCAUCUUGGGCGUCCUGACGGCGGUCGCUCCAGACUACACGUGCCUCCUGCUCUUCCGCCUGGGGCAGGGGCUGGUCAGCAAGGGCAGCUGGACGGCUGGCUACACCCUGAUCACAGAAUUCGUGGGCUUGGCCUACAGAAGAACGGUGGCGAUCCUCUACCAGGUGGCGUUCACGGUGGGGCUCGUGCUGCUCUCCGGGCUGGCCUACGCUGUCCCUCACUGGCGCUGGCUCCAGCUGGCAGUCUCUCUGCCCACCUUCCUCCUCCUGCUGGGCUGCUGGUUUGUGCCCGAGUCCCCCCGAUGGCUGUUAUCGCAAAAGAGAAACACUCAAGCAGUAAAGAUAAUGGCCCACAUAGCCCAAAAGAAUGGGAAAUUGCCUCCUGCUGAGCUAAAGAUGCUGUCUCUGGAAGAGGAUGUCACUGAAAAGCUGAGCCCCUCGUUUGUAGAGCUGUUCCGCACGCCGCGCCUGAGGAAGCACACCUUCAUCCUAAUGUACCUGUGGUUCACCAGCUCCGUACUCUACCAGGGCCUCAUCAUGCACAUGGGCGUCACCGGCGGGAACCUCUAUCUGGACUUCUUCUACUCUGCUCUGGUCGAAUUCCCGGCAGCUUUCAUUAUCCUCGUCACCAUCGAGCGCUUCGGCUGCCUCUGCGCGCUGGCCGGGUCCAAUCUGGUGGUGGGGGCAGCCUGCUUCCUCAUGAUCUUUAUCUCACACGAUCUGCACUGGUUGAAUAUCGUGGUAGCUUGUGUUGGCCGAAUGGGAAUCACCCUCGCGUUCCAGAUGGUGUGCCUGGUGAAUGCUGAGUUGUACCCUACGUUCCUCAGGAACCUUGGAGUGAUGGUGUGUUCCUCCCUGUGUGACUUGGGUGGGGUCCUCACCCCCUUUCUGGUCUUCAGGCUGAUGGAGGUUUGGCAAGGCUUACCACUCAUUUUGUUUGCGGCUUUGGGGCUAGUUGCCGGGGGAAUGACGCUGCUUCUUCCGGAGACCAAGGGGGUCGCUUUGCCGGAGACCAUCAGGGACGCAGAGAACCUGCGGAGGAAAGCAAAGCCCAGAGAAAACAAGAUUUACCUUCAAAUCCAAACAUCAGAAUCCAACUCUCAGGCACCCGAGCGGGAUGCUUCGCUGGGCACCGGGUGGCGGAGAUGAGGACAGAGCUGUCAUCGGAAGAAAUGCUCUGAAGCCCUAAGCUUUUCCUCCCACUUGCCCGCCCCUGAGUCAGUAUCAGUUCUAAAGAACGCUAAAUGUGCUUUGUUUUGUUUUAUUUUCUUUGUUUUAAGUCUCUCAAAGCCCUGGCUG